AUGAAACCCACAAUUCCUCGUACGACAUUCCCUCACCUUUCAUUCCCAAUCCUCCUCCUGCUCCUCCUCGCCGCCUUCCCCGCCGCCGUCCGCUCCGGCGACCUAAUCGAGGAAGUGUGCAAGAAAACCCCGUUCUACGGCCUCUGCGCCGCCACCCUCCACUCCAAUUCCUCCUCCUCCGCCGCAGCUGACGUCAAGUCCCUCGCCUCCAGCGUCACCAGCUUCGUGCUCACCAACGCCACGGACACGCUGUCGUUCAUCCAGGCCCAGCUGAGGAAGGAGAAGGAUCCCAAGGCCGAGAAAGCCCUGGCCAAUUGCGCCGAGCUCUACAUUCCCGUGGUGAAAUACAACCUGCCGCAGGCGAUCGAGGCCUUCUUCAGGGGAUACUACGGAUUCACCAGGUACGCGCUCUCCGACGCCGCCAAGCAGGCAGGCGCGUGCGAGGACAAGCUCUCCGGCUCCGGCGCCGACGGCGGGGAGCUGAGCGCGCGGAACAAGGUGGUCGGCGACCUGUGCGGCGUCGGGGCGGCGAUUGUUGGCCUGCUGAUGAAAGUCGGAGGACGGCGAGGUUUGAAUGUUUGA